CACCUUGGUGGUGUGUAGGUGUUAUUGGCAUGUGGACAGGCAGCCUCCUGCCACUGCCCUGCCCAGCUGGAGCUGUGACCCCAACCUCCUUGAGUCCUGCCGAGGUAGGGGGAAGGGGGUGCUGCUUCCCAGCCUCCAACCCUGGGGCUGCGCUGGGGCUGAGGAAUGAGGCUGGACAACCAGGAGCCUUGGCUUUUUACCCUGAGGGGACGGGUAGGAGAUAUGGGGCAGGAGGAAUGGGGCUGGUCUUUCCUGCCUGUGCUGCCUUGUUUCCCUGAGGGGGUGCAGCUUGAGGAGGGAGAUUCUGGGUGACCUAGUUUCUCCAGGGCGGGGAUGAGAGCAAGGCCUGGACCAUGGGCAUGGCUGGUUGGUCCUCUUCCCCAGUCCUGAUGCAGCUUGUGGGCAGACAGGGCCUUCUGAGUCUGUUCUGACAGGCGUGGGGGCAGCAGAGCAGUCUCAGGGUGGAUGUCCUGCUGCCUUGUCCUGGGGUGAGGGUAGAGGUGGGGGGGUCUCCUGGGAAUGGGAGCUGGGACUUACAGUGUCCAAAUUAGUGGAGGGGGCGGGACCCAGCACAGUCUGGCCCCUCCCUGGACCAGGGCUUCAAAUUACCACCAAGUUGGGGUGCCAGCGCUGCUGCUGGACCGAGCCCUUGAAGUCUGUUCACUCUCAGCCUGGACCUCAGAUCUUCACUGGGACCCAGAUCCUGAGCCUCUGACAGGCCUAUCCACAUCCCUCAGCGGGCCCCUGGCCUUACUGACAGCGCUCUGGGCGCUGGGGGCCUCUGGAGUCGCGGCGCUGCGCAUCGGAGCUUUCAAUAUCCAGAGCUUUGGCGACAGCAAAGUGUCAGACCCAGCCUGCGGCAGCGUCAUCGCACAAAUCCUGGCUGGCUAUGACGUUAUGCUCGUGCAGGAGGUGCGAGACCCCGACCUGAGCGCCGUGUACGCGCUCAUGGAGCAGAUCAACAGCGUGUCCAAACAUGAGUACAACUUCGUGAGCAGCGAGCCCUUGGGUCGGGACCAGUACAAGGAAAUGUACCUGUUCGUCUACAGGAAGGACGCGGUGUCGGUCGUGGAGACGUACCAGUACCCGGACCCUGAGGAUGCCUUCAGUCGUGAACCUUUCGUGGUCAAGUUCUCAGCACCUGGCUCUGGUGAGGCACCGCCCCAUGCUGGCCCCGCCCCUCCUGCGGGCCCCGCCCCAACCCCUUGCCCACAUACUCCCGCAGCUGCCAAGAAGUUGGUGCUGAUUCCGCUGCAUGCCGCACCGCACCAGGCCGUGGCCGAGAUUGACGCGCUCUACGACGUGUACCUGGACGUGAUCGACAAGUGGGGCACCGACGACAUGCUGUUUCUGGGCGAUUUUAACGCUGACUGCAAAUACGUGCGGGCUCAGGAUUGGGCGGUCAUCCGCCUGCGCAGCAGCGAAGUCUUCAAGUGGCUCAUCCCAGACAGCGCCGACACCACGGUGGGCAACUCAGACUGUGCCUACGAUCGCAUCGUGCUCUGUGGCGCCCGCCUGCGCAGUAGCCUGAAGCCCAUGUCGGCCGCUGUCCACGACUUUCAGGAAGAACUUGGCCUGGACCAGGCUCAGGCCCUUGCUAUCAGUGACCAUUUUCCUGUGGAGGUGACCUUCAAGUCCCACUGACAGCUCUGAGGCCUGGCCAGAGCACAACGCCUGCAGACUCUGGCCACAAGCAACUGUCUUACAAGAGUUCUUCAGGGUGGCUAGCUAACCCCAGCAAGGCUGAAGGGCAGGGUCAGCAGGGCCUGGAAAAGUGAUGUGACCACUUGGAACCUGUUUCCCCAACUAUGAACUGGGCUGCCACCACCUACCUCAUAGGGUUGUGAGAAGCACCUUGUAGAGUGCUGGGGACACAGCUGAGCUCAAUAAAUACUCAGCCAAGACCACACACCUGUCAGCUCCGAUGCCUCAUGUCAUUUCUUAGGACUCAGCCCUUCUGGGGCACAAACCUUGGUCCUGCAGUUCAGUGGGUCUCUGGUCCCAGCCCCCUUAGAGGACAGGGACAGCCAGCCCUGCCCAUUCCACAUCCUGCUGGGUACCAGCCAACUCCAGACCAGGCUGGCUUCAGAAGGCAGCUCGUGUGCUCACUGGUUGUUCUUUGUUUCUGCAAACUGCUUUCAAGAACUUGUACUAAACCAGCAGUUUAGAUGAAGCCUUAAGCAAAUUUUGUAUCAUCCUCACUUAAUAAUGAAGUAGAUGUUACAUAAUUGCCAGCAAGAAGUAAGUGUCCAGACAGUAUAUGUUUAGAUGGUGGGGGUGUGUGUGUGUUAGGAAAUUACUGCCCACAGAUGAAAUGCAGCCCACCACCUGCUUUUGUAUGGCCUGUGAACCAAGAGUGAUCUUUACACUGUUAAACAGUUAAAAAAAAAAUCCAAAGGAGAAUCCUAUUUCGUGACAUAUGAAAAUUAUAUGAAGUUCAAAUUUUAGUGUCCAUCAAUAAAGUUGAUUGGGUCUCAGCCAGGCUCAUUCGCUUAAAAAAAAAAUUGUACUGAGGGCAGCAGGGGAUAAGUGCUCACACACACUCACACACAUGUAGGGUUGAUGUACAAAGCCAACCUCCAGGCCCUGCUGUUCCCCCUAUAGCCCCAAUUCCCAGGCCUGCAGGACCCUUCAGGCGCUUGUUUAUGUCAGGGUCCUGCCACACCCAGCGCUGCAGUCCUUGGGGAGGUCAGGAAGGCUGGCCCCUGCCCUCAGCUGGUCAGCAGCCCAGGGACAUUUGGAGAGCCCCCUUAGUGGUGAGCAGGUGGAUUGGGUUAAGGUCCUGCCCAUAGAACCCAAACAGCGCACAGUGGUUCAGCCCCUUCAAAGGUGCCUCCCUGGUAGGUUCCUCCUCAGGAGCCCUGGGCAAGGCAAGGACUUAUCAGGGAGAACAGUGGCCUCUUUCUCAGGUAAGCCCAACACCUGAGGAUUGGGAAUAAGCACAGCUGGGGUACACAGUGUAACUGACAGGAGCCCCAUGAGGUUUCUGGUUUUCAAAGCAUCUCGACUUUGGCAGGAUUUGAGAGCUGAUCUGAAUUGUACGGGAGAGGAAAACUUUUGUUUCAAGAGUUUGGACAAGCUUCUCUUGCUAGCUCUUUCUAAAAUAAGAUUUAGGAUGCUUGUAAUGUAAAAUGCUUCACAAGGAAUGUCUCCCUCACCUCAGUUCCUCUGAAAUUUGUACAUGCCUUCCAUCCAAACACACCAAACAUGGCUGCCCAAGGGCUUUUCCCUGUGUCAGGGGUGUGGGUGGGGGUCAUGUGUGGCUUGUUAUGGCCCACGACUGCCUGGCCUUAUGCCUCUAGCAAUCAGGCAUCCCACCAGCCAAGGACUUUAUUCUGCUUUGGCAAAGGAGACAGUCAGGGGUGACAUUGUUGAGGUCGAGAAUGGCCCCACUUGUCAGGUUAUGAUUCCCAAAUCGAGACACUGCUUGCCAGUUGUGCCCCUCUGCCCACCUGCCAGGCACAAAAGGCACUCAUGGGUGGCGGCGUGUUUUGGGACUAUGGCUACGAGGCACUGGGCCUUCUAGGAAGAUCAGCAAAACAAAGAGCUGAAAGUACUUUUAAAUGGAAAAUACCUUAUUUAAAAUCCCUUGGAACCACAGGAGAGGGCAUACGGCUAAGAGCCCUGCGUGGGCAGCCCAGCCCUUAGCCUUUUAUUCACUUGAGUUUUUCUAAGUAGGUCUUCAGGGACUUCUGGAUGGAGUCCCUGGAGAUGACGCUGACGAUGUACUGGAUGUCAGUGUCACGCUGCUUCAGCAGGUGGUCUGCAGUGGGCUUUUGCAUCAUGUUCUUGGUCAGCUGUCGAGUGUGAUCUAAGGAAAAUGGGGUCCCCGGGUAAAGACCCACAAUCUGGGACAGUGGCAUCAUUCCCAGCCCUGCCAAGAGAAUUCCUGUUGGAACUCUGGUAGAAAGCUUAGAAAAUACAGAGUAAGGAAGGAGAAGAAAAUGAAAAUCAUCUGUUUCCUACUGAGACACAUGGCAUAACCAUUAAAAGAACGACACAGCAAUUAGCACCAAGAUGGAGGAAGAGUCAACUCCCAGUAGACCUUGAGCAUCAUUAUAUGCUUAGUGUAAUAUAUUAACAUGCUAAAUGAUACUUCCAUAGGCGCCAUGAAAAUUUCAAGGUUUAUCAUAAAAGGUCAAAAAGUGGGUGAUGGCCCAAUUCUUGGGAAUCCCAGCUCCUUCUCCAAAGUAGUUGGAAUAACCCUCCCACUUAUUAACAUAUGAAGUUACUGAGCCCAUUAAAAACUUACAACCCUGCACCUCGUGGCCUUUCUUUUGCCUUUUGAGAAGGCCCCCAUUCUGUCUGUGGAAUGUGUAUCUCUUGCCUUCAGAGACAGCAUGCCCUCUGUCUAUGGAGUGUGUAUCUACUUAUACUUUAAACUAAACUCCACCCCCCACCUCAUGGAUUUUCUGGCUUUCUGACAUGGCCUGCACUUGGUCUGUGGAGUAUGCAUCUCUCUGAAUAAACCUACUUUUACUCAA